AUGUCAGGAGUGGGGAGAGCAGGCCGUUGUCCAGUUCAGACACGUUUGGCGGUAGUAUUCAAGAUGUCAGAGCAACAAGUACACCUCUCAGUUGCGCAACGCAUUAUUAUUAAAUUUCUCACACAUGAAGGCGUCAAACCAAUAGAAAUUCUGCAAAGAUUGACUGCACAGUUCGGGGAUCAGACACUGUCAAGGGCUCGCGUGUUUGCCUGGCAUAAGAAGUUCAAGGAAGGACGUGAACUGGUUGAAAAUGUGGAACAUGAUCGUCGUCCUCGAACCAGCAUUACGGAGGAGAACAUUCGCACGAUUCGUGAACUUCUUGAAAGAGAUCGGCGUUUGACACUUUCUGAAAUGACAGCACAGGUUGGAAUAAGUUAUGGGAGCUGUCAAACAAUCGUCACAAAGGACCUAGGGUUCCGUAAAGUGUGCGCCAGAUGGGUCCCUCGCCUUUUGACAGCAGAACAGAAGUUGAGACGUUUCCAAGUGUGUCAGGAGCUUUCAGCACGGUUUUCGGAAGAAGGGGAUACAUUUUUGAAUCGAAUAGUCACCUGCGAUGAAACUUGGGUUCAUCAUUACACACCCGAAUCGAAACAAGCCAGUAUGGAGUGGCGGAGGAAGGAGGAGGCAGCCCCUGUGAAAGCCAAGACGCGGUUGUCAGAUGGGAAGGUGCUGGCAACUGUUUUUUUCGACCGGCGUGGCGUUUUGCACAUUGAUUUUUUGCAUGAGCGUCGCACAAUAAAUGCUGCUUAUUACUGUGAGCUUUUGAGGGAGGCAAAGGUUGCUUAUCGUUCGAAAAGGCGUAAGCAACCGAUUCGAGACGUCAUUCUCCUCCACGACAACGCCAGGCCUCAUACAGCAGCUCUAACCUGCACAACAUUAGAGGAAAUAAGGUGGACUCCACUUGAUUAUCCUCCCUACAGUCCUGACCUAUCGCCCUGCGAUUUCCAUCUCUUCGGACCGCUUAAAGAAGCACUAGGAGGACAACGAUUCCAAGACGACGCGGCGGUGGAGGCCUUUGUUAUAUACAGUAAAAAGAAUGAAGUAAUAUACUUCCAAAUUUACAAUUUUUAUACAUUGUUACUUGUACUUUAG